GACAACGGGAGUUUGCACUUUUGGGAUUGGCGAUCUGGCUACAACUUUCAACGUCUCUCAGCCAAGGUCCAGCCCGGUAGUAUCGACUCAGAGGCUGGCAUUUUCGCACUUGCCUUUGAUCGGAGCGGGUCUAGGUUGAUAAGCUGUGAGGCAGACAAAACAAUUAAGGUGUUCAAAGAGGAUGAGACCGCGGUACGUUCCCCUUGUGCUUUUGAUCAUAAUUGGCUUUGA